AUUAGUCCAUAACUUUUGGGAAAGCCAAACAGGCCUUAGAUCCUUAAAAAUCCCUACAAACGGAAAUUUAAUCAUUUGAUUUGCUGAACUUAGUCAAGUAACAAUGGCUUCUUCUCCUCUACCGAUCUACUCCUCUUCUUCUUCAUAUCUUCAGCGGCGAGUACUGCUUUUGCUGCCAUUACUUUUACUUUCUCCGCCGAUCGCCGCCGCAUCGGAAAAUCAGUUCAAGUUGGAUGGCAAAGUGUUGGAGCUUCACGAUUCCAAUUUUGACGCCGCGAUUUCCAAUUUCGAUUAUGUUCUCGUCGAUUUUUAUGCUCCCUGGUGCGGUCACUGCAAACGUCUGGCGCCUGAGUUAGAUAAAGCGGCGCCUAUUCUAGCUGGAUUGAAUCCGCCCGUAGUUGUAGCAAAGGUAGAUGCGGACAAGUACAGAAAGAUUGGUUCUGAGCAUGAUAUUGAUGGGUAUCCGACUCUAAAGGUUUUUAUGCACGGAGUUCCUACAGAAUAUAACGGACCACGGAAAGCUGAUCUACUUAUUCAAUUUUUGACAAAAUUUGUUGCUCCUGCUGUCACUAAUCUCAGUUCCGACUCUGCUAUCAAAAGCUUUAUUGAAUCAGCAGGCGUAAAUUUUCCUGUAUUCAUAGGCUUUGGCUUGAAUGAGUCCAUGAUAUCAAAUAUGGCAGCUAAAUAUAAGAAGAAAGCCUGGUUUUCUGUUGCCAAUGAUUUCUCAGAGGAUAUCAUGUCCUUGUAUGAUUUCGAUAAGGUGCCGGCUUUGGCUGCAAUACAUCCAGCCUACAAUGAACAGAGUAUCUUUUAUGGGCCAUUUGAAGAAAAGUUUCUUGAAGAUUAUAUAAAACAGAGCUUGAUCCCUCUGGUAUUACCCAUAAGUCUAGAUUCAUUGAAAUCGCUUAGAGACGAUCAAAGGAAAGUUGUUGUGACUAUCUUGGAGGAUGAAGAAGAUGACAAAUCCAAGGGAGUAAUAAAAGUUCUAAAGGCUGCCGCCUCUGCAAAUCGCGACUUGAUAUUUGGUUAUGUUGGGUUCAAACAGUGGGAAGAAUUUGUCGAAUCGUUCGAAGUUUACAGGAAAACUCCACUUCCCAAGAUGAUUGUAUGGGAUGGUGAUGAACAGUACUCCACUGUUAUUGGUUCAGAAAGCAUAGAAGAAAACGACAUGGGCACCCAAGUGUCGAGAUUUCUUGAAGGCUACAGAGAAGGAAAUGUAAUACAAAAGCAAAUCUCAGGUCCAACCUUAGUCGGAUUCAUAAACUCGCAAUUUGGUGUUAGAAUUGCUCUCAUCUUAAUUUUCGUGGUGGUGGUAAUGGCUAUGAUCCUGUUUAUGACUAAGGAAGAACCUCUGACUGUUGGCACUCGAGACCAGUCCAAUGAUGUAAGGACUGAUAAGGAGGAUUGAUUGUGUUACACGCAUCGUUUCAAUUUUGCGCAUAAUUAUUUCGCUUUUUUCUGUAAUUCAGACAAGUUUAGAUAGAUUAUUGUUGUUAAUUGCUAAAUUAUCGGAACUUAGAUGAACAUCAACUUCGUUUCUGUACAAAGUACUGGUCUGUAUUAUUAUUUAUGACGAGGAAUCUUUUGCUAC